UGGGAUCGGGACAUGAUCGACGAGAGCGACAAAGGUGGAAGCGAUGGCUUGGUGCAGUUGUCAUCGACCUUGCGAACGCUCUCCACCUUAACCUCCGAUCCGGGCGAUGUGGUGCCGGAGGAACUAGCUGAGGGCUGGCGCCAGGUCUCGCAGUUGCUCAAUGAAGCCGACUGUAAGGUCAGCGACUUGUUGGCAGUGACGCGCGCGGCACAACAGGAGCGGAUGGAUGAACAGUUGCUGCAUUCCACGCUGCAGGGCUGGAAUCGGCAGCUCCUGGCGUUGAAAUCCGGCGCCUGCGCCCUGCUCCCUUUGGCCUGGUCCACGUCGGUGUCUUCGCGGCACGCGGUGCUGGUGGUGCUGAGGCGCCGAGGUGACUACGGGACGUUGGCGCUGGUGAACCUGGCAGGCAGUGGUUCUGAAUACCACCCACAGCAGCUCAGCGAUUGUGCCACCCGACCUUGGCGGCAGAUUUCUCCGGUGACGUGUUCAUCCAUCCCCUGGAGUCGUUUGUCCAGUACGGUCUUUUGGCUCUUCAUGUUGCGGCCCUUGGUGACAGGUUUAGCGCUGGAUGAACCGCAUCCAGCUUUGCUCUACGAAGCCUUGCUGCCUUUCCUGACCAAGAAGGACGGGGAAUUUUUCGAUGGGAAUUUAUCGAUGAGAAUGCUGUAG